UCCCUCCUCCCCUCCCUGGCUCUCCGCCCCCGCUCAUCCCUUUAAAUUCCUCAUGCCUGGCAUCAGGUUCCCGGGGGAAAGGGCGGAGAAUUGGCCGGUAACUCUGUAACAUAAGUAACAAACAGGGAGCAGCGGACACACUAAAACUAGUUUUACCGAAACCUAAGUAGAGAAGAGGAGCGGUUCUGGCUCUAGCCUAACGGAUCAGUGGCCGGAGAACGGAAGGACAGUGCAUGGCCGAGAAUCUGGUGUUGUUGGGAUGAGGCAGGCUUCACAUGGGAGUAUCUUAGGGUGGCUUGGCGCGUUUACUGUGUCUUCCUGGUAGAGACAGCUGACGGUCCGAUGGCAGCCAGGCGGACUAGAGGUAUGACCGGCGACUCGGAUCUGAGCAGGACUACCGUGACCCGGGCUACUGCCAUAGCUGAGCUUCUGCGCUAUGAGUGUUCCAUUUUACUAGAACUCUAUAGAAAGAAGGAGAGUUUCACUGCAGAUGUUAUGGUAACAGACAGCCGUCUGGUGUCUGUCCCGCCUCCUUCCUCCCAGCUGGAAACCAGAGACAAGCUCUGGUGUCUCCACUCUGCUCUGCUACAGUGCGGCAGCUUUCUGGAGAGAGCCAUCGCCAAAGAGGAAGAGCAGCUAGGCGGUGGGAAGAAAGGUGACUAUGAGACCCAGAGGAAGAUGGUGAAGGAGAGGUUGUCGCUUCUCUUAAUCAACACUGGAGAACUCCUCAAAACUGCUAGCGGCAUGAUGGUCCUGACUCCCAGCUUGGAGGGCUUGGAGACGGCCCGACCGUUCUGUUUGAGCUCAAGCUUUGGGUAUACCGGAUCUUUGAAGAGGUCGACUACUGGACCAAGAUUGCCAUCACCACCUUGCAAACCCUGCCCUCGGUAAUAGCCAAGGAGCGAGCGAGGAGGAGCACGAGAAGUGCUCGGAGAUGAAACAGAGACAGGAGAAGUUUGUGUGUGUGUGUGUGUGUGUGGGUGUGUGUGGGGGGGGAAGAGGACAAAUUAGAUAGAAAAAAGGUUAGGAAGAGAGAGAGAAAGAGGUGAGUAAAGGAAUCAGAAGAUGAAGCAAGGCAUUCAUUGUUAACAUUUGAUAACAAGUUUAUUUUAAGUAUGAGUCUAAUACAACUUUAUAUGUAUUGUUUACCUUAUAAGAUGAUAUCCAAAAAUGCAUCUAGAGUUAAUACACAGUU